AUGAACCCUGCUGGCGACCAGCAACACCCUCCGCCUGGCGCAACCGCCCCCGCUGCUGCUGCGAUGCCUCCCAUGCCCCACGUCGCUGUUCGAUUGCCGCCAUUUUGGCAUCGAGGACCCCACGUCUGGUUCCAGCAGGUCGAAGCCCAGUUCCUGCUCGCUGGAAUUACUUCCCAACUCACCAAGUACCGGCACAUCGUCUCUUCCCUACCACCAGAGAUAGCCAUGGACGUUGCCGACUUAAUAGCAAGCCCUCCACCUCAGACACCCUACGACCAGUUGCGCACUGCUGUUCUCCAGCGGACUAUGAUGUCAGAGCGGAAGCGCCUGCAGCAGCUCUUGAAUGCCGAAGAACUCGGUGACCGACGACCUUCGCAGCUACUUCGCGCCAUGCAGGCUCUCCUGGCGGAUCGCUCAGCCUCUUUCGACGAAGCACUGCUUCGCGAGCUAUUUUUGCAACGGCUACCCCCAACCGUACAGAUGGUUCUCACUACAGCCGCCAGCUUGCCACUUUGUGACUUGGCCGGCCUUGCCGACAAGGUCAUGGAGGUCGCUUCCCCUGCAGCAAGCAUAAGCGCCGUCGGCCAUAACCACCCUACUUCUUUUUCAGGCCUUCUGCAGCAGGGCACGGUGCCGCCGCUUUCACCUGCCGCUUUUGCGAGUACGAGCGACAUGGCUGCCGUGAGAGCGGAUAUCCAACGCCUCUCCGAGACUGUCGCUGCCCUGCGCUACCCCGAUAGCCGUCGCCGGUCUCCCAGAAGAUCCAGCCGCUCCCGUCGUUUCCGCCACUCUCCGCGAAGACAAGACGGCCGAAGCCAGUCUCCGUUCGACGACUCCAACCCACCACCUUGUUGGUACCAUGAGCGCUUCGGCGACGCCCCUCAGCGAUGUACGCGCCCUUGCGGCUGGCCAGGAAACUCACCCGGGAACCGUUGA